UAUCCAUAAGUUUCUAGAUCCCAAUUCACACAGUUUUGAGUGUAGUAUUCCAGGUCAACGAUCUAGAAACUUUCAAAAUGUAAUUCAAUUCAGCGCACAAAGACAGAAGAUGUUCGGCGAGGUCUAUUUCUAAUGAUCAUGACAUAUUGUGUUCUAUACCUGGACAUUGCCUUCACGAAGUGAAUAUUUACAAAUAUUUUAGACAUGGCAGCUUUAAAAACAGCCCUGGUAUUCGUUUUGUGCCAGGUGUUGGUGAUUGUUAUUGGAAAUGGACAAAGAAUGUCACCAUCUCACGAAAAAUGUGAACUGAUUUCGAUUCCAUUAUGCAAAGACUUGCCUUAUAACUGGACUAUUAUGCCAAAUCUUUUAAACCAUCAAAAACAAGAAGACGCCGGACUAGAGGUUCAUCAGUUUUUCCCCCUUGUGAAAGUCCAGUGUAGCCCUAAACUGAAGUUUUUCCUGUGUACUAUGUAUGCUCCCGUGUGCACCGUUUUGGAGGAGGCUAUUCCUCCGUGUCGGUCUAUGUGUAAUGAAGCUAGAAAUGGAUGUGAAUCGUUAAUGAAUAAAUUUGGAUUUGAGUGGCCAGAUAGUUUGAAAUGCGAGAAGUUUCCUGAGUCUGGAAUGUGUGUGGGAGAAAACAGGACUGACCCUGUGGACUCUACCCCCCACCCCAAUGAUGAUACUAAGUUUCCUGGCUACAUUCCUGAAACAGAGGAUAAUAAAUACAGACCUGGAUAUAAUGGUGAGAACCAUCAUGAUGAUAACAAGCCACUGGUCACAAACUCGUACAAAACAUGUCCAAAAAAGUACUCAAUUCUUCCAGGAUUUGACUACAGAUUAAAAGUUGGAUCAGCAGUGUACUCGGAUUGUGGGGCACCUUGUGAGAACAUGUAUUUCAAUGAGCAAGAGCGACAUUUUGCAAAGCUUUGGAUUGGUGUGUGGUCUAGUAUUUGUUUAGCUUCCACGCUUUUCACCGUUUUGACUUUUUUCGUCGACAUGACCAGAUUUCGCUACCCGGAGCGUCCAAUCAUAUUCUUGUCUGGAUGUUACUUCAUGGUUGCUCUUGCUUAUGUCAUUGGAUUUUCUCUGGACAAAGAGGCUGCAGCGUGCAACAGAUUCGUAAACACGCCAGAAGUGGUGCCAAUAACUACGCAAGGAACUAAGAAAGAAUGGUGUACAAUUCUCUUCAUGAUGAUGUACUUCUUCAGCAUGGCCUCCUCCAUUUGGUGGGUCAUUUUGACCUUGACCUGGUUCCUGGCAGCCGGAAUGAAGUGGGGCCAUGAGGCCAUCGAGGCAAACUCUCAGUACUUCCAUCUUGCAGCAUGGGCUGUACCGGCCAUCAAAACCAUUGCCAUUCUAGCCAUGGGACAAGUGGACGGAGAUACACUAAGUGGAAUAUGUUUCACUGGAAUAUUUGAUGUGGAUGCUCUGAGAGGAUUUGUGUUGGCUCCGUUAGUUGUGUAUUUAUUAUUAGGAACCUCCUUUUUACUAGCUGGGUUUGUUUCACUCUUUAAAAUCCGUACCAUCAUGAAAAGUGAUGGAACAAAAACUGACAAGCUGGAGAAAUUAAUGGUCCGUAUUGGAAUUUUCUCAGUAUUAUACACUGUGCCAGCUACCAUUGUAAUUGCAUGUUACUUUUAUGAACAAGCAUCUAGAGACACUUGGAUGUUACACUGGUUUACCAAAGAGUGUUUAGCAUCCUCUACAGCCCCUCCAGAGGAGGGAAUUAAACUGCUGCAGUCGGGGGACAAACCUUGGCCCGACUUCAAUGUGUUUAUGAUCAAGUACUUAAUGACUGUCAUAGUGGGCAUUACCUCAGGGGUUUGGAUUUGGACUGGCAAAACACUCAGUUCAUGGAAAAGAUUCUAUGCCAAAAUUUGUGGAUCGAACAAACGGGAAAGUAAUGUGUAAAUUUUUUUAUUAGAUGGCAAGCACGUCAAACUCAAUUCAACCAACGGUUUCAAACAAAAAGACAUAAUUGAAAUUACAUGAAACUUUUGUGUAGUGUUGCGUACACCUUCCAAAGAUGCCAGUAUGUCAGCCCUUGUAAAUUGUCAGGUGUAAAAUUGAAGUAUGUGAAGUUUUUUACAUGAGUGAUUGUGCUAAACCAGUAACUGCCAUAAGGGUACAUACACAUCCAAUUUAGUAUGAGAGGUUGUUCAUGUGUAAUUUGUCUCAUGUGUAUUUUAUCAAAUGAAAAAAAUACAUUUGAGAACUGCUUCACCUUUUCUAUAUUUUUUUUAUGUGCCAAAGAGUGGAAAUUUUGUGUAAAACCAACAGUUUGUUAAAAAUGGAAAAAAAAGUUCGUGUAAUUAAGCUAGAGAUUCGGUCUUUGGUUGUGAAUUGAACCAUCAAAAGUUUUGGGUAUAACUAAUUUAAAUUGAUAUUCUCUUCUUUUAUUUUUAAACAUAUAUUUAUUAUCAAUAUUUCUUUUUACUGAUUUAUAUACCGUUUAUGAAUCUUUUUACUUGUGUAUAAAUGUCAGUGUGUCAAUAUAUUUUACAACUUGUAAAUAAACCAUGUGUUAAGCUUUAAAUCACUUUUUUUUUUACAUGUGUGUGUAUGUUUGAGGCUUGGUUGUAUAGCAGUCGCCUCUUGGUCAUACAAGUUGUACAUGUGAUGUCAGGAAUGUCUCGUUUCACGUAUGAAAGGCUCCCAGAAAUUAAUGAGUCUUGCAUUACUGGCAGAACAAGUUGCCUGUCUGAAUAUUAUAAUUUACAGUAAAUUUAGCAAACACAUUUGAUAAGUGUUUAAGUGAAUGUAUUGUAGCAUAUUUUAUGGUUUUCCUAUUUUAGAAAACUUCUUGUCAUGAUGUAAAAGUUCAAAUCAUGUGAAUUUUUUUUAAUUUUAAAAUUGAUUUGCCAAAAUCAAUCAAAAAUCAUCCCAUUGAUGUAAUGUUUUGCAUGUUUAGAAAUUGCAGCCAGUUUGUUUUGAUACAGAUAUAUUUUUAUUAUUAUUAAAUAAAACAAAGAAAUGUGCAAAAUCCUUCCUAUAUAUGUCUCUAGAAGUAUUUAUCAGAGGAUCUGUCUUGAUGUAGAGUAACUUUAUAAUUUAAAUUUGUGAGUAUAAAUAUGGUGUAAAAGUACUGCCGCCUGUAUAGAACUGAGUCCACUCAACCAUUGGAUAACUCCAUGGAUCCUCCGUUUUAGUUGGUUGCUUUUGAUGUGACAAACAGAUUUAGGCUACCGAUAUCUUAAAUUCUGGACCACAAACUGAAUGUUUGAUUUUAAGUCUGUAGACCUCAGGAAAGUGUCCAGCUAACUACGUUUUAUUUCUCGUGCAAAAAUUAAUGCGGUAUUUGAAAUGUUCAGGUUGUAUUUUUUUUUUUUAAAUGAAUCAAAAUGUUCUGUCCUUUGUUCUUCAUUCUGUGAAGGAACAUUUUUUCAGUACAUUUGUAUUUUGCUUGUUAGAUCAAAGUUACCUGUAAGAAACUUUAAUGCAGAGCAAACUCUUGUGUUUCACUUUAGGGAUUGAUAAAGUUCAUUGAUAAAUAGAUGUAUCAUAUUUUGAGGGUAAAGGAAUUUUGGCCCAGUGCCAGACAACUUUUAUUUUUGUGAAUCUUUUUAAAACACCUGGAAAUGUGUGUUUUAAAGCUUUUUGUUUGUGAGAGACUGCGAUCUCGGCAUGCCUAAUUGUCAUUUUUAUCAGCCAGUGCUGUAUGUGUAAUAAAAACUAGUUAAAAGA